AGUGUCAACGCAGAUUUGUCGAACUUGCCGAUUCGUAAUUCAUGUAGCAUUCUUGCUCGUGAACUGAAACUGUUUUGUCUAGGAAUGAGUGACGAUGAGGAGCAGCAAUCGGGUAACAAGCCGUUGCGCUUGCCGAAGAAGGCUGCCAAAGUCAAAAACAAGGCUCCCGCUCAGCUGCAGAUCACUGCUGAGCAGCUCCUUCGAGAAGCCAAGGAAAGAGAGCUUGAGUUAAUCCCGCUCCCUCCCAAGACCAAAAUCACUGAUCCAGAUGAAUUAUUGGAGUUUCAAAGAAGAAAACGUAAGGAGUUUGAGGAUGGAAUCAGGAAAAAUAGAAUGCAAAUUGCAAAUUGGAUCAAAUACGGCAAAUGGGAAGAAUCCAUAGGCGAAAUACAACGGUCUCGAUCAGUUUUUGAGCGUGCCUUAGAUGUGGAUCAUCGUUCAAUCACAAUUUGGUUGCAGUAUGCUGAAAUGGAAAUGAGAAGCAAACAGAUCAACCAUGCCAGAAAUAUAUUUGACCGUGCUGUCACCAUCUUGCCCAGAGCUAUGCAGUUUUGGUUGAAGUACUCAUAUAUGGAGGAAGUCAUCGAAAAUGUGCCUGGCGCAAGACAGAUAUAUGAACGAUGGAUGGAAUGGGAGCCAGAUGAGCAAGCUUGGUUGACCUAUAUCAAUUUCGAGUUGAGAUAUAAGGAAAUCGACCGAGCACGUUCAAUUUAUCAGAGAUUCUUGCAUGUGCAUGGUACAAAUGUAAAUAAUUGGAUAAAAUAUGCACGCUUUGAAGAGAAGCAUGGUUAUAUAGGUAACGCUAGAGCGGUCUAUGAGCGCGGAAUGGAAUAUUUUGGAGAAGACAACAUUCAAGAGAAGUUGCUAGUGGCAUUUGCCCUGUUUGAAGAACGUCAAAAGGAACACGAGCGAGCGCGAGUCAUCUACAAGUAUGGGUUAGAUCACCUUCCUUCGGAUAGAACAGCGGAUAUCUUCAAGCACUACACCGUGCAUGAGAAAAAGUAUGGAGAACGAGCUGGCAUAGAGGAUGUUAUCGUCAGUAAGAGGCGAACACAAUACGAGAAGCAAGUUACCGAGAACGCUUUCAACUAUGAUGCUUGGUUCGACUACCUGAGAUUAUUAGAAAACGAGGAAUGCCCCAGAGAAGAGGUGGAGGACUUGUAUGAAAGAGCUAUAGCAAAUAUCCCUCCUCAUGAUGAAAAACGCUAUUGGAGGCGGUAUAUCUAUCUAUGGAUUAAUUAUGCACUUUACGAAGAGCUAACAGCUCAUGAUGUUGAGAGAACCAGACAGGUCUAUAAAGCAUGUCUGGACAUCAUUCCACAUAAAAAGUUUACUUUUGCAAAGAUUUGGAUUAUGUUCGCACAUUUCGAAAUUCGACAAAUGGAUCUCGCUGCCGCGAGGAAGAUCUUGGGAGUCUCGAUUGGAAAAUGCCCUAAAGAAAAAUUGUUCCGUUCAUACAUUGAUUUGGAGUUGCAAUUACGAGAGUUCGAUAGAUGUCGGAAGCUGUACGAAAAGUUCCUUGAAUAUUCAUCAGAAAACAGUAACACAUGGAUUAAGUUCGCCGAGCUUGAGACGCUUCUUGGAGAUGUUGACCGCGCAAGAGCUAUAUUCGACAUUGCCGUGCAACAACCUGCUCUAGACAUGCCGGAGAUCUUGUGGAAAGCUUACAUUGAUUUCGAAAUCAAUGCAGAAGAGUACGAGAAAGCUCGUGACUUGUAUGAGGCGCUGUUGCAGCGAACGAAUCACAUCAAGGUCUGGAUUUCUCUUGCGGAGUUUGAGCUAUCUAUAGGAAACGUGGAGGGUACGAGGAAAGUUUACGACCGCGCCAAUAGGGCCUUGGAAAAUGCGGAGAAGGAGGAGCGUCUCAUGUUGUUAGAGGCCUGGCUUGAAGCUGAAAAGAAGAUUGGAGACAUCAACGCCAUUCACAAGGUUGAAAAUAUGAUGCCUCGGCGUGUGAAGAAGAGAAGGCAAAUCCAGACAGAAGAUGGUGUGGAUGCUGGAUGGGAAGAGUACUACGAUUAUAUCUUCCCACAAGAUCAAGGCAAUCUCGGAAACCCCAAGUUUCUACAAAUCGCCGCUGUAUUCCGACUGCUGCCGCAGACAGCCGCCAGAGCUGCCGGCAAAGCCGCUGCAGAUGGUGCAGUAACUACGCUCGCUGAUUUCGCACCUCAGAGCGACGAGCUUAAGAUUGUGCAGAUUGACCUGCGUUACACCAUCUCAUCUCCACAAUCAUCAUCUUCUUUGUCUUCGUCCUUUAUUUUCCACAUCGUUUUGUUGAUCUCUUGCACAUCGGUAUUGCAUGAUCUGAAAAGUUCUGACAAAAUGGCGGGUGACAACGUCGAAACCCAAGUGCGAUAUGGAGUACCAGCUCGAGAAAUGUCCCCGGAUGAACAACCAUGGAUGAUAAAGCUGAUGAUAAUAAUACUAGGAUAUGCAAGUGUUGUGCUUCCAGCUUGUCUCCUGAUUUGCAUCGUGCGGCGGAAAUAUGCAACAACUGAGCCGAGGAGUGCAUUCGGGCGGUUUCUUCGCGCUUUUGCUGUAGGAACUGAGAAUUAUCAACUACUGGAGACCCCGGGCAAUAAAAUCACGUUGCCAGACAAACGUAAUCUUCUGAAAGAUGCCAUUGCUUUAUUAUUCUUCUUUUCUGGUAUCCAGUGCACGUUAGUCAUGAUGGGUUUCCUGCAAGAGCGUAUCAUCACGAGAGGUUACCAAGUGCACGAUUCGGAUGUGAUAGAUCGAUUCGGAGAUGCGCAAUUCUUAGUGUUUUGCAAUCGCGUUGUGGCCAUAUUCGUUUGUGCGAUCGUUCUGCUUCUAACUUGGAGGAGGCAACCUCCUCAUGUACAACCACUAUAUGUCCAUUCUUUCACCUCAAUAUCAAACACUAUGUCAACGUGGUGUCAGUAUGAGGCUUUGAAAUAUGUUUCCUUUCCCACUCAGACAAUUUGCAAAACAUCCAAAGUAGUGGUGACGAUGCUGAUGGGAUUGGUAUUACGCGGUCAGAGAUACUCCUGGCAGGAAUGGGGAUGUGGUAGCGCUGUAGGUGUGGGUGCUAGCCUUUUUCUGUUGAGUAGCGGUCGCAGUCGUGCCGAAGGGGUUGUGACAUCGAUCUCCGGUAUGCUGUUGAUGACUGGAUAUUUAUUAUUUGAUUCUUAUACUUUGAACUAUCAAAAGAAGCUUUUCGAUAAAAAACCAAAGAUCUCAAAGUAUCAGAUGAUGAUGGGUGUAAAUGUAUUCUCAGCGAUACUCUGUGCAGUUUCUCUCAUUGAACAAGGAACUCUCUUUUCAUCUAUAGACUUUGCUCUUCGACACAAGAACUUUGCAAGAGAUUCAUUCUUUUUGAGUUUGUCAGGGGCUACAGGACAGCUUUUCAUCUAUUCCACCAUCGAGAGGUUUGGACCUAUUGUCUUUGCUGUGAUGAUGACCAUUCGACAGAUGCUGUCUAUUCUCUUAUCAUCAUUCUACUAUGGUCAUCCCUUAUCGAGCUGGUCCUUGAUAGGUUUUGCGAUAGUAUUCACAGCGAUAUUCCUGGACAUUUACCGGCGUUACUUCGAAAGACGAAGAAGUGUCAAGCAGUAGUGCUGUUAUGGAGUCCUUCAGGGUUCAGACCUAGUGAAAAAAUUGUUAAGAAAUUAGAAAUCGACUUUUUCCUUCGAAGAGCCUUCUAGCUAACUAUAUUGACUCUAUCAAUCUUGUUGAUCUAGUCUCUAGUCUACUCCUGCAGACUUUACACAACGUACUAUCUCGCAUAAUUUUGUUCGUUCUCAACGAAAGUAUUAGUUCAAUUAUUGAACCUCACUACAAUCUCCAAGAUAAUGACGCAUUUUUGAAAAAUUUCGCACUCUUUCAAGAUUGUUUUCUUUGUUGUGAAUA